GAGCAGUCAGUGUCAGGCUGUGGAUGACAGCGGCUGGAUGUGACGUGCUGCAGAAUGCUGCAGAUUAUCCCCAGGGUUCCCCACACUGGCACCUGACUGCAGAGCCCCCCGGAGCUGUCCGUGCCCCCUCCGCCUGUCCCCGGGGGAUGAUCGGGAGCUGGAUGUGACUGACACCCGAGGACCCGACGGACGAAGCUCUCCCGCACAAUGACAGCCAUGAAGGAGCAGCCGACUAUGAGGGCCACCCCCUCCCAGGAGCAGGAGAUGGUAAGCAGCAGCCCCCCACAGAGGAACUGGAAGGGCAUAGCCAUCGCACUGCUGGUCAUCCUGGUGGUCUGCUCCUUGAUCACGAUGUCGGUUAUCCUUCUGAGUCCAGAUGAAAUGUCGAAUGCUCCAGAGAAGAUCCUGACACUGGACGACCUCUUUAGGAAAGAGUUUACUAUCCACAAUCCAGAGCCCAGGUGGAUUAAUGAACAUGAGAUUGUAUAUAAGAACAGGGACAGUUACGUCUUCAAAUAUAACACAGAGACCAAUCAGACUAUGAUGAUUCUAGAAAACUCGACGUUUGUGACCUUCAAAGCUUCUGGAUAUUCUCUGUCUCCAGACCAGCGCUAUGUUCUCCUGGCCUAUGACGUGAAGCAGGUGUUCCACUAUUCCUUCACGGCCUCCUAUGUGAUCUACAACAUCCACACCAGGGAAGUUUGGGAGUUGAACCCCCCGGAGGUGGAGGACUCGGUGCUGCAGCAUGCGGCGUGGGGUGUCCAGGGGCAGCAACUAAUCUUCAUCUUUGAAAAUAAUAUUUAUUACCGGCCGGAUGUGAGGAGCAGCUCCCUGCGGCUUACAUCAUCUGGGAAGGAGGGGUUCAUCUACAAUGGGCUCUCGGACUGGCUUUAUGAGGAGGAGCUGCUGCACACCCACAUCGCUCACUGGUGGUCUCCAGAUGGCGAAAGGCUGGCGUUCCUCACCAUCAAUGACAGUGCUGUCCCCAAUAUGAUCAUUCCUCAGUACACUGGAAGCCUGUACCCACUGGGAAAACAGUUUCCCUAUCCCAAGGCAGGACAAACCAAUCCCACUGUGAAAUUAUUUGUGGCAAAUCUCUAUGGACCGACCCACACGCUAGAAAUGAUGCCACCUGACAGCCUGCGCUCCAGAGAUUAUUACAUCACCAUGGUGAAAUGGAUCAGUAACACCCGGACUGUGGUGAGAUGGGUGAAUCGACUGCAGAACAUCUCCAUCCUUACUGUCUGCGACACGACCACUGGAGCCUGCAUCAUAAAAUAUGAAAUUGUCUCUGAAGUUUGGUUGGCAAAACAGAAUGAGGAACCGAUAUUUUCUAAAGAUGGCAGCCGUUUCUUUAUGACGGUCCCUGUGAAACAAGGCGGUCGCGGAGAGUUCCAUCACAUCGCCAUGUUCAGUGUCCAGCCAAAAACCGACCGUGUCAACAUCCGACAUCUGACGUCAGGAAGCUGGGAAGUCAUCAGGAUCCUGGCGUAUGAUGAACCGUCCGAGAAGCUGUACUUCCUCAGCACAGAAAAAUCCUCGCGGGGACGACAUCUGUACAGCGUCUACAUCUCUGGUUUACUGAACCGCGACUGCCUCUCGUGUGGCGUUGCGAGCGACCAGUGUUCCUACUUCAACGCAAAGUUCAGCCCAUUGAACCAUCACUUCCUGCUGCAUUGUAAAGGUCCCGGAGUCCACGUCUUCAGUGUCCACAACACCAGUCACCCCUCAGAAUAUUUUAUGAUAGAAAACAAUUCUGUGCUGAAAGACGCCGUGUCCCAGAAGGAAAUCUUCAGGAGCGAAGUCAAAAUGAUUCCCAUUGAGGAUUAUGAGCUUCCUCUACGACUAUCAUAUCCUCGGGAUUUUACGGACAAGAACCGGUAUCCACUCCUCCUCGUGGUGGAUGAAUCCCCGGGGAGUCAGCUUGUGACUGACAAGUUCCACAUUGACUGGGAUUCGGUGUUGAUAAACACAGACAACGUCAUCGUGGCGCGGUUUGACGGUCGGGGCAGCGGCUUUCAAGGACUUAAAAUCCUGCAGCAGGUUCACCGAGGACUCGGAUCUGUGGAAGUAAAGGACCAAAUAGCUGCUGUAGAGUGGUUGCUGACAGAACCCUACAUUGAUCCGAACCGAUUGAGUAUAUUUGGGAAGGGUUACGGAGGUUACAUUGCAUCCAUGAUCUUAAAAGCCAAUGAAAGACUGUUCAAAUGUGGAGCCUUAAUCGCCCCCAUCACCGACAUGAGGUUAUAUGCAUCGGCCUUCUCAGAGCGUUACCUGGGGAUGCCAUCUGCAGAAGACAACACAUAUCAGGCCUCGAGUGUCCUGCACAACAUUCAUGGCUUCAGAGUGAAGAACCUCCUGCUGGUCCAUGGCAUGGCGGAUGCAAAUGUCCAUUUCCAGCAUUCAGCAGAACUGAUCAAACAGCUGAUCAAAGUUGGUGUGAACCACACGGUGCAGAUCUAUCCUGAUGAAGGUCACAACAUCCUGUCGGAGAAGAACCGCUUCCACCUGUACAGCACUCUGCUGCGCUUCUUCAGUGACUGCUCGCAGGGAGAGGAUGUUGUGGUCGUGCAGGAGAUAGAGGAGGAUGAAUGAAGACGAGCUCAGGACUUGCCUUUCUUACUCACUGCAUCCUAGCAGACACUGGGACUGUGGCCCCCCCACACACCGGAGGCGUUCUGCUGAGGAGUUUCUACCUGCGGGGGAUGUACAGGGGAUGGUCCUUUCCACAUGAACCUCGUUUUGGAUACAAUUAGUGUUAGUGCAUGUUUUCUUCGGUUCCUUCACCAGACUUUGUCCUAUUGUUUCUAUUCCCUGAGACGUCUCUGAAUCCGCCAGAUCUGGUCAUCCGUCACUAAACAAGUGCAAUUUCUUCAGGUUUCUUUUCCUUCAGACAGUUCAGGUUCCUCCAGUUCUUUCGCUGGAUCCUGACUUUUAUUUCCCAGUCCAGAGGGGCAGCGUAUUUUUUUUUUGUUUUUUUUUGGUAGAAGAUUUUUUGCAUUGUCCCUUUCUACAUCUCCACUCUUGGAUAUAAAAAAUAAGGAUGUUCCUAUUUUUCAGGCUCCGUAGGACAUGAGGUCCAAUGAUUCCUGGCGGAUUUGCAGUGAAAAUGACAAGUGUUUUAUUUGUCGGAUUGGUUUGAUAUCUGAUUUGCUUUUACUUUCCACUGUAAAUUUCUCACUUGUAUAUAUGAAUACAUCAAUAUUAAAUUAUGGUUUCCUAGAAA